AUGGACGCAGGCCCAGAACCCGCAACCUUGAACUGCCCAGGGUCACCCUGGCAGCCACGCCCCGAAAGAAUCGUCCGUGGCUCCCCCACAGGGCAAAUUUGGAAUGCUUGGACUCUGCCUCCAGCCGUUCAAACGGCCGAGGCCGAGAAGGUUAUCCGCUGUCUCCACUGCAGGGCCAGGUGGGGGCCAGGUCCAAGCCAAGGGAAACGUUCGUCGCCCCUUCAUCACUCAGGGUUGAGAAACACCACGCCCGUCGCCGAUGUUGUGAUUACCAGCCAACCCCGGAACCACUCCCGGUCAACCACCCGCGUCCUUCGCCCGGCAUAG